UAGCUGUCAGAUGUCCCUUCAGCACCCCCUCUGGUGGAGUCUGAUACUGCCUGUGUUUGGUGUUGCCAGGACACUUCCUAAAACAGAAACAAGUCCCCCUGCAACACUUCUAAUUAUGGAAGUCAUGGAAAACUCUGAUGAGGUGGACCGGUCUCAUGAGAAGGAGAGGCUGAAGAUGAGGAUUGUCGUGUUGGAGGAGAGUGUGAAGUCCUGUGAGCUGGAGUGUAAAGCCAGCAGAGAGACGGUGCUCAGGCUGGUGGCAGAGCUGGACCGAGAGAGGAGGAAGGCAGCCAGCAGCGCGGCAGCUCUCGAUUCAGUCAAAGUGGAGUUAGAUGGCCUGGUGGUGGGAAGAAGGAGUGUCGAGAUUGAGAAAGACACUCUGACUGAGAGGCUUGAGGCCGGCAAAAGAGUCAUCGAGGCAGCUCGGAGGGAGUCGAGCUGUUUGGAGAAACAGGUGGAGGAGCUCGAGAGAAACUUACAGUCGAGCCAAAGGGAGACGGAGGCAGCUGAGCAGAGACUACAGGUGUUCCUGAAAAAGAUGGCCGGCCUGCUGCAGGGGAAGUCUGAGAGCGUCGUCCUGCCCACACAGGAAGAUAUUUUACACCAAGUGGAUGAUCUCUGUAGUAAGUUGUGUCACGUCUCUGAGGAGCUGAGCGAGCAGACGGAGCUGCAGCUCGGUGCUCUGCAGAGGGCUCAGCUGGCAGAGCAGCAGGUCCAGGACCUGAGGGAGCGACUGCAGGGUCUGGAGACUGAGCUGUUAACAGCAGACAUGCAUCAAGACGGGCUGAGACACAACAAACAGCAUUAUGAAGAGUUCCUGGAGCAGCUGUCAGAGACGAUGAGAGUCGACAGUAUCGCCGUGGAUCUCGGCUUUGACAUGAGGCUGAAACUCAUCCUGUCACGAGUGGAGCAGCUGAUGAAACAAGAGACAACUGCUUUGGUGGAGAGCAAAAGUCUGACCUACAGUCUACAAAGAAAGUUAAAGUCACAGAAAGACCAACUCGAGAGCAAAGGUCUCCACAUCCAGCUGCUGAGGAAGAAGGUGUCCGAGCUGGAGGAGGAGAGGAGGAGCCGAUCAGUGCUGGCUGUGGAGCGAGAUGAUGCUCAUCUGGAGGUCAGGAAGCUGCAGAAGAAGCUGGAGCGUCUCCACGGCGAGCUGAAGGCCACCAAGCUGACAAACACUGAGCUCAAGGCCCAGCUGUCCCACACCAGUGAGCUCAAGUUGAAAGUGAUGGAACAGAGUCAGACCGUGCAGGAGCAGAAAACGAGGCUGGAUCAGCUGCUGGAGGUGAAGGCAAAGGUGGAGAAGAAGCUGAACACAGUGAGCUCAGACCUCCAGAGCCGAGAGACGAAGAGCCGAGAGGACCAACAACAACUCAGCGCCCUCAGACAGAGCCUGGAUCAGCUGUCCGACAGGGAGAGAGAGUUGCUGGAUUUCCGGAUGGUUGUCUCCCAGAUGUUGGGACUGGAUGCCACAGCUGUGGCUCUACCAAACUACGAAAUCAUCAGAUUACUGGAGACCCUUCUUCACAAUCAUCAUCACCAUCACCACCACCUUCAUCACGUUGAUGCACCCUGGCACUGCCCGUCUCACCAGAGGCCUCAUCUCCACCAAAUCCAGGACGUCCCAGACAGCUCAUCGUUCCACCUCUCCACCUCCAGGUCUGCUCAUCCAGAUGAUGCAGUUUCCUUUAAAGAAGCCUAGAUUUAAACAUUAUACAAACACCAAAGUGCACUUAAAAUGUGAUGGUUAUCUUGUUGUCUUAAAGUAUAUGAGAACAGAUGUUACACAGUAUGAAAUGAUCCCAAAUGUAAAGUCACAUGAAAAAGGAAAUAAAAAGACAAAUAUACAAAUUAGGAUUUGGCAUUCAUUGUUUUUGAUAGUCGCAUAUACAUACAAUUUUCAUGGUAAUUUCUUUACCAUUAUAUACACAUGUUACAUAAUCUCGGACUGUUAUACAUUUGAUACUGAACUGACAGUCAUACAAAAUAUACAGUAGUUCUAUAUGUCGUAUGUCUCCAUCAUAAAGUCAUAUCUCAUGUUUUGUUUAAAAAAUAAAACAGCAAAAUGUACAAAGACCAUGGAUGUGUCAUGUUAAAGGUUAAACUCUUGAACUGUGUCCGACUCUGAUAUUAAAACACACGACUUGGCUUAAAUGAGUCUCACACAAAUCGAUGUAAUUUUAAGUUUAAAAAAAAAAAGUUUCUCACAGACACAAUGAAGGACGUCGGUAAAUAAAAGCAAUGAUCAGAACGGCAUGCCAAAAUACGGGUAAAAAAAUAAAUGCAAUGUCAGAUAUAUUAAUGUUUUUGUUUGCUUACAAAUUUUUUUUUUUUUUUUUGUUACAAGCAAUUUCACAGGCUAAAUUUCAGCAUUUAACUUUGGUGCUAUC